GUCGCGCGGUUCCUGCGGGAGCGGGCCGGCUGCGGGAUGGCGGCGCGGCGCUGGGCGUGCUGGUUCUCAAAAUCUUGCUAAUGUGAUGGCGUAAACUAGUAAAAAGGCAUUUGCAUAACAUCAUGGAUGUCAGCAAUGGUGUGUGAUAUUACUGAGGUGGUACAGUGAGAGUCUACUGUGAAACAUCAGAAGUUUAUAUUUCUUCUAAUUUUGCAAUGGUUUCCCAAUGAGUGGAUCAGGAUGAACAUACUUUAGGGACUUGCCAUAGUAUGGCUGCUUCUCGAUCUACUCGUGUUACAAGAUCAACAGUGGGUUUAAAUGGCUUGGAUGAAAACUUUUGUGGUCGAACAUUAAGAAAUCGUAGUAUUGCUCAUCCGGAGGAGGUUUCACCCCAUCCCCAAGUACGGUCAAGGUCACCAAAGAAGAGGCCAGAUUCUGUGCAAACUCAGAAGGGAAGUAAUGGUGGAAGAACUACUGAUUUGAAACAACAGAGUGCUCGGGAAUCAUGGGUGAGCCCUAGAAAGAGAGGACUCUCUACUUCAGAAAAAGACAAUGUUGAUAAACAAACUGUGGAAAAUUGUGAGAAAAGACAAGGAGAACCUGUAUCACCAGUUUUGAAAAGAAUUAAACGCUGUCUACGUUCAGAGGUACCCAACAGUUCAGAAGAAGACUUGCCUACUAAAACAGAAAAGGAAUCUUUGGAGCGUAAAAGCUUAGUGUCGGACAAUGAUGCAGUCUCUCCUGGGACUAAGAGAGCUUGUCGAUGUCUUAUAUUGGAUGACUGUGACAAAAGGGAAGUUAAAAAGGUGAAUAUCUGUGCAGAGGGAUUUAAUAAUUCUGCAAUAGUUGAAGAAAUCACAGGCUAUCAGACUGUCAAUGGAGUUGGUGAAAGAGACUCAAAUUCUCUAAACUGUGAUGACUGUCAGUUUGAUGGGAACUCUAAGCAAAACAAUGCUGGCUCCUGUAUAACCAAGGACAAAACAGUAGCAGAAAAUGGAAACUCAUUUGCCCAUUCUUCAUUGUUGCUUAAUAGCAGCAAGGAGGACGGUGUUGUAGACCAUUAUGUGCCUUGCACAAACUCUCAAGAACAGGUAAAGUUAGAGGACCACAAAAUAAUAAGUGACUGUUUGCCUGAGGAGCAUGCUAAUCAGGCAGAUGAGCCAGCUACUGGGUCCUUUUCUGAAAUCCAGUCAACUUUGUUGAGGGAUUCUGAGGAGGAAGUAGACGUAGUAGGAGAUAGCAGUGCCUCUAAGGAACAGUGUGCUGAAAACACCACCAACAACCCGAAUACUCAUCAUGACAGUACAUCAAUCUCAGGUGAACCUGAACCACAUUCUUCAUUGCUGGACUGUGUUUCAGCUCAGAUGACAUCUAUUUCAGAACUUCAAGAACACAGAUACACAUUGAGAACUUCACCACGAAGGGCUGCUCCUGCCAGAAGUAGCCCUACUAAAAAUAACUCUCCUUGUAGAGAAAAUGGACAAGUUGAGGAAAAUAAUCUUAGUCCCACUGAAAAGAAUGUACCUGUAGGUAUUAAUAAUAUCAAUGGAUCUCCCAAAAAUUCUGAAGAGAUUAAACAGAAUGAAAAAGAGAGAAAUUGUAAUACAGAUAAUGGGAGUGACGGACUAAGAAAGCCAUUUUCAGAGGCUAGGCUUGUUGCUGGAUAUGUACCAUCUGCCAAAGAGAGUGCCAACAACCACACUGCAGAGGAUGAGGAGGAAGAGCCUGAUGUGUAUUACUUUGAGUCAGAUCAUGUGGCAUUGAAACACAACAAAGAUUAUCAGAGACUGUUACAGACGAUUGCUGUACUCGAGGCUCAACGUACUCAAGCAGUUCAAGACCUUGAAAGUUUAGGCAGACACCAGAGAGAAGCACUGAAAGAUCCUAUUGGAUUUGUGGAAAGACUCCAGAAGAAGGUUGAUAUGGGUCUUCCAUAUCCUCAGAGAGUUGUUCAACUCCCUGAGAUUGCCUGGGACCAAUACACCACUAGCCUUGGAAACUUUGAGAGAGAAUUCAAAAACCGAAAACGUAACAGUAGAAGAGCAAAGUUGAUUUUUGACAAAGUAGGUAUACCUGCAAGACCAAAAAGUCCUUUGGAUCCCAAGAAAGAUGGAGAGUCAAUUUCAUAUUCUGUCUUGCCUUUAAGUGAUGGUCCAGAAGGUUCUACAAGCAGUCGUCCACAGAUGAUAAGAGGGCGACUCUGCGAUGAGACCAAACCUGAAACUUUUAACCAACUGUGGACUGUAGAGGAACAGAAAAAACUCGAGCAGUUGCUUCUGAAGUAUCCACCAGAGGAAGUAGAGUCCCGAAGGUGGCAGAAGAUAGCUGAUGAACUGGGAAAUAGAACAGCUAAGCAGGUCGCCAGUAGAGUGCAAAAAUAUUUUAUUAAACUGACUAAAGCUGGUAUUCCAGUUCCAGGAAGAACUCCAAAUUUAUAUUUAUACUCAAAAAAGUCAUCGAGUAGACGGCAGCACCCUUUAAAUAAACAUCUUUUCAAACCUUCAACUUUUAUGACAUCGCACGAGCCUCCAGUUUAUAUGGAUGAGGAUGAUGACAGAUCCAGUUUUCACAGCCAUAUGGAUAUUGCAGCAGAAGAGGAAGUAUCGUUCUCUUUUUUUAACCAUGAACAGGAUGAAGAGAGUAUUCCAAUAACUUAUCGUGAGUUACCUGAAUACAAAGAACUGUUAGAGUUUAAAAAAUUGAAGAGACAAAAACUACAGCAGAUGCAUGCAGAGAGUGGAUUUGUGCAGCAUGUGGGAUUCAAGUGUGAUAACUGCGGAAUUGAACCUAUUCAGGGUGUUCGGUGGCACUGCCAAGACUGUCCUCAAGAAAUGUCCUUGGAUUUCUGUGACUCUUGUUCCGACUGUCUGCAUGAAACAGAGAUUCAUAAGGAGGAUCAUCAGUUAGAACCUAUUUACAGAGCAGAGACGUUUUUAGACAGAGACUACUGCAUGUCCCAGGGCACCAGUUACAAUUAUCUUGACCCAAACUACUUUCCAGCAAAUAGAUGACAUGGGAAGGGAAGCAGAUCUACGAUCUUGGGCUUACUAUACUAUUUGAAAAAUAACAAUGGCACCAUUGUUAAUACUGUGCACAUUUUGGAAAGACUGUCUGCUUUCCCUGAAAUGUCGCUCACGGCAUGACAGCUUCCUGGGUGUACUUGUCAAACUACAGCUUUGAGCUGUCAUGGUCCUAGAUGACUGAACAGCAGCUGAACAUUCCUAGUGUGCAGAAGGUUUCACUGGGAGACUUUUCUUUCACCACAUUAGUCAUUUUUAGGUGGUGAAUCUAAACACAAAAGAAAAACAUACAAAAGGGUGAGCCAGAAAUGAGAGCACACAUUGAAGAUAGAGUAAAUUCCAAAGGCAUUGAAGAACUCGGUUAUAAUGAGAUCCAGAGGAGAUGAAGUAUUUAUAUAAAAAACAGUUUAGUAGCUUGCAGUUUUGUUGUGAAAUAGUUUUCAGCACAGUAACUGACUUCUUUAGGCAAGGUUUUAACCAAUGACAGUGUUUGCUUCUAGGAUGUACUCUAAAAAAUGCUCACUGUCUCAGCGAUGGUUGGUUACAGGCCUUUAUUAAAUGGGAGCUGCUUAAUCACAUUGACUUUCAAUUUUUUUUUAUUUUUAUUUUUAAACCACGAUGAACUCUAUUUACCAACAGUGAAGCACUAGGGGAGGCAACUGUGGCAAUGCUUCCUUAACCAGCUCAUGGUGUGUGAAUGUUAUAAAAUUAUCACUCAGAUAUAUUUUUUAAAUGUAAUGUUAUAUAAGAUGAUCAUGUGAUGUGUACAAAAUAUGGUGAAAAGUGCCAGUGGUAGUAACUGUGUAAAGUCUCUAAUACUCAACAUUAACUCCUUUAAAAUAAAAUACACAGCCUUCUGCCUCUGUAUUUGGAGUUGUUAGUGCAACUCAUCAAAGAAAACUGCCUAAUAUAAAUCAUAUAUAUGGUAAUAAUUUUUCCUCUUUUGUAGUCUGCACAAGAUCCAUGAAAGAUUGUAUUUUUAUUACUAUUUAAACAGUGAUUAAAUUUAGCCUGAGCAGUGAGCAAGGGUUCACAUGCAUUCUUUUAUACUGCUGGAUUUUGUUGUGCAUCAUUUAAAACAUUUUGUAUGUUUCUUCUUAUCUGUGUAUACAGUAUGUUCUUAAAUAAUGUUCAAUUGUCAGGAGAACUGUGAGAAAUAAACUAUGUGGAUACAGUCUGUUUAUA